UAAGUAAUUUAUGACUAGAUUUUUUUGGCCUAAGCAAGAGCAUACAUAAGAGAAACACUUAUUCACCGCCAAUAGAAGUUCUGAGGAAAGAUGGAAGAUAGGACGAACAUCCAGGCAGACCAGCGUCAAGACCAUCUUGAAACUUUGAGAUCAAAAAUGGACAUGAAAGCGGAAAAAAUGGUUCUUGAAAGAAGAAUGCAGAUAGAACGCAUGGAACGUGGACUGGAGCAGCAACUAGAGAAUGAAAGGAAGAUUACUGCUAAUGCCUUAGAGAGACAUGAAAGAGAAGGAAUACUUGCACGUGAGCUUAGCUUAUUAAAACGAGAACAUUUGAGGCAGAUGAAAAUGAGGGAACGUAUAACAGCGGCUAGUGAGGAGUUAAAGGCUUUAGAUAAGAAACGUCGAGAAUCUUUUGUAAAUAAGCAUCUUAUUACACAAUUAGCUGAAAAGGAGGCUGUGAGAGCACAAGAAAAGCUAGAGAAACUUAAGAUCCAAGAGAUAAUUGAAUCGGAGAAAAGGUGUAUGGAGGAAAAGGCGGAAAUGAAUGUAAGUUUCAUCCACGCGGAUAAACUAAAGUAUAGAGAAGAACUUCUUAAGCAGAUAAAGGACGGGAAUCAAAACCAACGAGAUAUGCAAAGAGAUAAAAUACUAGAAAAUGCAUUACUAGAACAGACAUUGAGGAAGAUUCGUGAAGAAGACGAAAUUGAAGAAGCUGCACGUUUAGAAAGAGUUUCUAAUGUAAAAAGGGAAAUUGAAGGAUUCCAAAGACAAAGAGAAAUGCAGAAACAAAGUGAGAAACUUUCCCGAGAGGCCGAGGUAGCUAAAAGUAAAGCAUAUACAGAAGAAAAAGAAAAACAAAAGGAACAGAUUGUACAAAAUUCUAAAGACAGAGAGCUGGAGAAAAGUAAGUUUAUCGACCAUAUAUCAGAGUUGAACGCAUCCAAACUUUAUCAAAGGAAGGAGAGGGAGGAUAUUCUAGAAUUCCUGGUGGAGGAAGAAGCAAGACAGCGAGACAUUCAAAAAGACAAAGAGAGAGCAUCAAGGGCAGAAAAAGUUAGGAUUGACCUUCAAAACUUUUACAAGAAACACAUUGAAGAAAAGGAACUCGCUAGUAAAUCAAACUUCAAGGAACAAGAACAAUACAGAAAUCAGCUACUAGCAAACCUAGCUUUGCAGGAACAACUUGAAAUGUCAUCAGCAGGUAAGAAAGACUUGAAGAAGAAAGAACUCCGUGAAUCCCUUUUAAAUCAGAUGAAAGAUAAACAUCGGCGACAAAUCAGGGAAUGGCAACGUCAGUCUGCUCUACUUGACGAACAACUAGAAGAGGAAGACAGAUUGAGACGUAUGUGUAAUUACAAGGAUCCUCAAAUACUAGAUGAUUUAGACUAGUUUGAGAAAGAGGUCAUAGCUGCCCUAUCCUCGCCAGAGGUUGAGGAGAUUCCACCUGAUGCUGGCGUUGGUUAAUAAAUUUUGUAAACGUUAAAAUGUGUAUCUUCUGAUUUUGUAGGCAAACAGUACAGUGCAACGCAGUGUAUUGAAUAUACUUACUAUCAGCCUUGAUUGAGAUUCUGCAAAUUAUUUUUAGAC